CACAUUUUUGCUUAUUAAAACACUACUCCCCACUCUUUUUUUUGCUUCAUAGCAACACCAUUUUCACCCCAUGUUUCGUCUGUCGCCUAGCAACAUGACUCGCCUAGCAACGCUAUCCAGAGAUGUACACCCCUUUGUGACACGGAGUACGCGCACUUUUCAUUCAUCCAAAAUGAGAAAACAAGUCAUCUCGAACCAGCCAUUGCGUGCAAUCACAGCAUCUGGCUCUAUUUCUAGCAAGUAUCCAGUGAUUGAUCAUGUCUAUGACGCAGUAGUGGUUGGUGCAGGCGGCGCAGGUAUGCGUGCUGCAUUCGGUUUGGCAGAGGCAGGAUUGAACACGGCCUGCAUUACAAAGCUCUUUCCCACACGCUCACACACAGUAGCAGCUCAGGGUGGUAUCAACGCUGCUUUGGGCAACAUGACUGAAGAUGACUGGCGGUGGCACAUGUAUGAUACCGUGAAAGGAUCAGAUUGGCUUGGAGAUCAAGACGCGAUCCAUUAUAUGUGUCGUGAAGCGCCUCGUGCUGUAAGAGAACUGGAGAAUUACGGAAUGCCAUUCUCACGAAACGCUGAGGGUAAAAUUUAUCAGCGAGCAUUGGGUGGUCAAAGCUUAAAAUAUGGCAAAGGUGGUCAGGCUUAUCGUUGUGCAGCCGUAGCUGAUCGUACCGGCCACGCCUUGCUUCACACCUUGUAUGGCGAGUCACUUCGUCAUCAAACCAAUUACUUUAUUGAAUACUUUGCACUCGAUCUCAUCAUGGAGGAUGGCGAAUGCAAAGGUGUGAUUGCGCUCAACAUGGAAGAUGGUACCUUGCAUCGCUUCCGAUCGCACAAGACGGUGCUUGCUACAGGUGGUUACGGCCGAUCCUAUUUUUCGUGUACCUCGGCACACACGUGCACGGGCGACGGUAACGCCAUGGCAGCGCGGGCUGGCCUCCCACUCCAGGAUCUCGAAUUUGUCCAGUUCCACCCUACCGGUAUCUACGGCGCCGGCUGUUUGAUCACCGAAGGGUGUCGUGGCGAGGGCGGUAUACUGAUCAACUCGGCGGGUGAGCGAUUCAUGGAACGCUACGCCCCCACUGCCAAGGAUCUGGCUUCCCGCGAUGUGGUAUCCCGCGCCAUGAGUAUGGAAGUCAGAGAAGGCCGCGGCGUGGGUCCCGAAAAAGACCACGUCUAUUUGCAACUGCACCAUUUGCCGGAAGAGUUGAUCCGUGAGCGUUUGCCGGGUAUCUGCGAGACGGCUUCUAUUUUCUGUGGUGUGGAUGUCAUUCGCGAGCCGAUUCCUGUCAUCCCAACAGUGCAUUACAACAUGGGUGGUAUUCCAACAAAAUUCACGGGUGAGGUCUUGUCCAUUGACGAGAACGGCGAGGAUAAGGUGGUCCCCGGUCUGUACGCCGCGGGUGAAGCAGCUUGUGUUUCAGUCCAUGGCGCAAAUCGUCUGGGCGCCAACUCGCUCUUGGACAUUGUUGUCUUUGGUCGUGCCGUAGCACAUCACAUUGCCGAGAAUCUGUCUCCUGGCGAGCCGCUCAAGCCAUUCGCACCCGAUGCAGGUCUUGCGUCGAUCGAAAAUUUGGACAACGUGCGCACGGCCACAGGCCAAAACAAGACUGCAGAUAUCCGAUUGGAGAUGCAAAAGGUGAUGCAGUCCGACGCGGCUGUUUUCCGAACGCAAAAGUCUUUGGAUGAAGGUUGCGGCAAGAUUGAUAACGUGUGGAAGGCGCUUCAGGAUGUGGGACUGUCGGAUAGAGGCAUGAUCUGGAACACAGAUCUUACAGAGACGUUGGAAUUGCAGAACGCUUUGACGUGUGCUGCUCAGACGAUGUACGCUGCUGCGGCUCGUAAAGAAUCGCGUGGUGCUCACGCUCGAGAGGAUUACACCGAGCGUGAUGAUGAGAACUGGAUGAAACACACAUUGUCGUGGCAGGACCAAGAAACGGGCCAAGUUACUCUCAAAUACAGAGCCGUCACGGACACGACUUUGGAUGAAGAAGAGUGUAAACCAGUCCCACCCGUAGCUAGAGUUUAUUAAACACUAUUACCAUACUUGUAAAUAUACACGCAUUAGACUUACUAUAUACCAAGUGUAGAGAACGGCAAAUAGAUUGGCUCUUUGUCACAAAAAUAAGGAGGGGUACCACCCUAUCCAAACGGGAUUUUGCAUUUAAUCUCAAUAAGUAAUCGCCC